AUGGAGAUGCCGCCCUUCGCAUUCGAAACGCUGGAGGCGGCCCUCUGCUCCGCCGCGCCCGGCGCCGGCGCCGGCGGCGGCGGCGACGGGCCCAACGGCGGCCCUGGCGGCGGCGGCUCUGCGGAUGGCGGCGGGGAGGGCCCGUUGGAUGUCGAGGCGGCGGCCGCCGCGGGGCUGCUGCUGCGGGAUGUUCAUCUGGCGCUGCUGCGCUGCCUGGACGGCACGCUCCACAAGCCAGGCCCCAAGUGCCCCCCGCAGCCGCUGUCAGCGCGGUACGUCGUGAAGACGGGCCACGGCAUAGUGGUCUCGACCCAGCACUGGUCCCAGCGCGCCGCCGCGACGGUGCACAGCUUUGCAGCCGAGGUGGUCGACGGCGCCGCCGCGACCGCGGCGGCGCUGGAGCUGUAUCAGUCUGACUACUGCCACCUGUCGUUUGACCAGCGCGCAGCGCUGCUGCGGGCGCUGGCUGAGCUGGCGCUCGCGUCGGAGGCGCUGAGGGAGCACGUCGGCGCGCGAAUAGACGCGCCGACGACGGCGCUCAAGGCCGGCCGGCCGCGGCUGCUGCCGCCGGCGGGCGGCGGCGGGGAUGCGGAUGAGGCCGCGGCGCGCGGGCCGGCGCCCGCGCAGGCGCUGGCGUGGGUGGAGUGGUGUGACGCGCAGCGGCUCGGCGUGCGGCGGCCGCUGGGGGUGGACAUCUCCGGGCGCCGCUACUGGGCGCUCGGCGGCGCCGCGGGCGCGUGGCGGGUGUACGUCGAGGGCGGCCCCGGCGGCGGCGACUGGGGAUGGUACGAGGGGCCGGCCCUGGCGGCGCUCGCAAAGUGGAUCGCCGCAGGCAACGUGGAAUGCGAGGCGCCGCUGCUGCGCGCAUUGGGCUCCAUGCCCUGGCCGCUGCGCCCCGGCGCCCGGGCCACCGGCGGCGGCGCAGGCGGCGGGGCCGGCCGUGCGGCCGCGCAGCUGGCGCAGCUGCUGCCGACGCUGCCGCCCGAUGGCGCGAUGAUGGGGGCGGCGGAGAUGCGGGCGGCGCGGGUGGAAGGGUACCGGACGCUGACCGGGCCCCUGGUUUAUGGCGAGCUCAACUUUCCCAACGGCGUGGUGGUCCCGACUGGCGCGGGGCGGCUGGCGAUGGGCAUGACGAGCCUGCUCGGGCUGCUGCCCUUCUGGCGGCGGGGGCCGGCGGGGCAGGCGGAGCUGGGGGCGCUGCUGGAGCGGGUCAAGGCGGCGACCGCCCCCGACGAGCUGUCGGACUGCCUGCUGGCCACGGAGUCCGCGCUCUGCCAGUCCGAGCUGAUGCCCCCGGACUGGGCCCCCCGCUGGCGCGCCGCCUGGCGCGCCGGCCUCGCGCAGGGCGGGCCGGCGCGCGCGGGCGGGGCGCGGGCGGUGGGCAGGCACUUGGGGGCGCUGUCGAGGGCGGUGGUGCUACCGGAUCACACGUGGCCCAGGGACGCGUUCAUGCGGGUGGUGGAGACAUACAGGUGCCCCCUCAUCUUCCCGCCGGCCGGCAGCUCCAUCGUGCUGCUGCGCGCCGGCGUGAAGCUGCACCUGCAGCGCUACGCCGGCCUGCGGGACGAGGCGGCGCGCGGCGAGGUCGGGGCGCUGCUGCAGCGCGUGGAGGGGCUGCCGCCGAUAAAGGAGUUUGUGGUGGCGGCGGCGACGUACCGCGCGUAUCCGUCCGAGGCCGGCAGCGACGAGGAGGAGGAGGAUGAGAGGGUGAAGCUCGAACAGCAGCAGCAGCAGGAGCAGCAGCGGCGGCGGGAAGAGGAGGAGGAUGAGGAGGAGGCGGACGAGCGGCGGGAAAACGGGCAGCAGGGGGCGGAGGGGCAGGAGGAGGGGCAGCAGCAGCAGCAGGCGCCCGGCGGGCAGAGGGCCGGCACCCCGCCGCCGCCGACGGCGCGGCCGCCAUGCAUGUGGAUGCUGCUCACGCCGGCGCGCGCCGACGGCACGCCGCGGCCCGGCGCCGGCGGCGGCGACGUUGGGGGCGAGAUCGCGCUGCCGAUCCACAUAGAUCCGUCCCUGCCGGACUUUUUAAUGCCGGCCCAGAUGUUUGCGGAGCGGACCAAGAAGACGUGGACCCCCGGGGAGCGCUUCAGAAUGUACUUUGGCGGCAAGCACGGCACCAAGGCGCGAUUUGCGAGGGCACCCAACGUGGGUGGCGCCUACUACAAAGGCAACAUCGUGGCGGUGGCCACCGCCGACAACCACACCGGCCCGGGGGACUUUGACCCCUGGGAGAGCAUCACGGUGCACUGGGACAAUGAGGAGAACUCGGUCAACAAGGGAGGGCUGCCGAGGGGCGGCAGCGCUUGGCGCGCGCCCGUCCCCGUCAGCUGUUGA